AUGAAACCAUCAACAUCUUCAUUACCCCAACAACAAUUAAACGACUUGUCCAAAAUAAGCUUUCAGAAAUCAAAAUUAAAAAACGCGGGACAAUGCCAAAGACGAGAAUGUAACAACAAGACCCAGACACAAACGAUUAACUUUAAAUUGAAAUACGAGUAUUAUUGCAGCGAAGAUUGCUAUUGGAAAGACAUCGAGCAAUUGACAACAACGAAGGCUGUGUUACUUGAUAAAAAUGAUAUGGAUUAUGAUCGUGUUGCAAAACCUUUCAAAGAGAAAUUGCCUAAGUCUAAAAUACGGGCGAUUUUGCGUCUUCAGAUGCCUCAUUCUAUUUCUAAAGCUCAUCGUGAGUGUAAACAAAAGAACGAUUAUAAAGCAACACAUAAAAUGUAUCAUGGAACUUCGAUUCUUUGUAAUGCUGCCAACUUUUUAAAGGGUAAACAGGACUGUACAAUAGAAAACUGUGGAAUGUGUGGAAUUACUGCUCAAGGAAAUCAAUCUUCGUUCUCUCAUUAUGGCACAAAAAUGUGGUUUGCCAAAAAUCCCCAAACCUCACUUUCAUAUUGCAGCGGCAAAUCAAAAUUUAAGGCAAUGUUUGCUGUUGACGUGAUCGCCAGGGAUGACAAUGAGAUAUUAAUCGUCACGAAAAAUGAGUUAACUCUUCCGAGAUACCUUAUUAUUUUUACUCGUACGAAGUGGGAUCGAUAUUUGACUUGCUGGUGCUAA